AUGGCAGCGUCCAUGUCACGCAAAAUUGUGAAGACAUCUUUCACUUUUGCUAAAACUGUAUGUGCUACCAAAUCUUUCACACAAACAAACUGUACGCGAUCGUUCAGUCUGUCACGAUGUGUAGCAGCCCGAUUUUACACAGACAAGCAUGAGUGGAUAUUCGUAGAUAGUUUGGUAGGAACAGUUGGAAUCUCCAAUUAUGCUCAGGAACAGCUGGGUGAAAUUGUGUACGUAGAAACACCAGAAGUCGGCACUAAACUGCAAGCUGGUGAUGUAGCAGGCUGUUUGGAGAGUGUCAAGGCAGCAAGUGAAGUCUACAACCCAGUCGCUGGCACUGUGAAAGAGAUUAACCAGAAACUGGUUGAAGUGCCUAGCCUUGUGAAUUCCUCUCCUCUUGGUGAAGGUUGGCUGUACAAGAUUGAUCUGCACCCAGAUACAAAAACUGACAAUUUGAUGACAGAAGAAGCCUAUGAAAAAUAUGUCGGUUCACUUGAUUCACAUUAA